CCUUCGAUUAUACAGGUCAUCCUGUUGAGCAUCCAGCUCUAGACCGUUGAUAUCCUAACACUUGAAGUCAGUCCCUUUUCAUUUGUACUUCUACCUAAUAUGCCGUAACUGGACGAGAGAGAGUUCGGACUUCAGCUAUUUGUCUGCAUCAAUUAUCAGGGCAGUUUGUUGCCCAGUCUACCUGAAGGUGUUGUAUAUCUCCUUCAUACAUGAUAUUUGUAACAAAGCUCUUGUCUUCAACUAUCGGUAUGCCUAUCACCGCUCUACCUGUGUCGACCCGCCAACUUCUGGGCUCGACGUUGGCCAUAUCAACUCCAGUCACAGUGAUUAAAGAGCUUCUGGACAAUGCCCUAGAUGCCAGCGCUACCGCUGUUGAUAUCCUUGUUUCACCAAAUACCCUGGACAAAAUCGAAGUUCGGGAUAAUGGAAACGGUAUCCACCCUGACGACUACAGCUCUUUAGCAAAGCAUGGCCACACCAGUAAGCUGAAGAGCUUCGACGACCUAAAACUCGUUGGAUCCACUACUUUGGGCUUCCGUGGACAGGCAUUGGCAAGUUUGAAUUCACUUGCCCAAGUUGUUGUCACUACGAAGACAUCUUCGGACUCUGUAGCAGCAACUCUCCAGAUAGCCCCGAAGACUGGUGUUGAACAAAUCAAGUCCGCCCCCGCCCCCGUAGGCACUACUGUGAGUGUCACUGGCCUUUACAGUCAGUUCCCAGUCCGCAAGAAACAAAUACUAGAGGAAUCACCCACGGCAUUGUGCAGAAUCAAGGAUCUUUUGCAUUCAUAUGCUAUGGCUAGGCCACAAGUAAAACUCACCUUCAAAGUCCUCAAGACCCCAAAGCGCAACUGGUCAUACUCUCCGAAGCGUGAUGCUGGUAUCAGAGAAGCAGUACUCCAAAUCUACGGAACUGAGACAACUAAUCGUUGCAUCGAGCACAACGCCAGCUUCAGCAGUCCAAGUAUGAAUGAUGGCUUAAAUGACCAAGAAGGACCCGGAGACAACUUUUACGCCUUCGAGUCAAUCAUGGCAAAGCCAGAUGCAAAUUGCAAGCUUCCAAGACAACGCCACUUCUCAAUUGAUGGUCGACCAAUAUCAGCAUCUAGAGGCACGACGAAGAAGCUCGUGUCCAUCUGUUCCAAAUACUUGGGCAAUGCACUAGACACGGGUGCAGAAAUUGCAUCUAGCGAUGUUUUCAUGGUUCUCAACAUCAAAGCCCCUCCGGGAAGUUACGACGCAAAUAUCGAACCAUCUAAGAACGACCUUCUCUUCUCCGAGGAAGAUCAGCUCCUCGACUGCUUUGAAAGGCUCUGCAAGGAAGUGUACGGUCCACUGAAGAAUUCCCCGAAAGGUUUAUGCAACCAAACACUAGCCCUAGAUACCGUUCAGGAUGCUCGAGAAGCAGGCGGUGCAAUCCUCUAUACAACAGGUUCUUCACCACAGUGCGCGGUUUCUAAUAUUGAAUCGGACCAACAUAUCGAAAUACCCGGGACGCUGAGUCCUCUCUCAAGCUCGCUCGAGGAUCAACCGAGCAGAACAGAUCAAUCUGUUGACGACGAAGAAGGCGUUCGGCAUAGCCAGGCUGGUACUACUCAAACUAGGCCGUUUCAGCGCAAACUGUCGACACCUGCUCUGAGAACCUGCACUUCCGUCAAUUCAAGGCCAGCUCAGAACCUGCAUAGGAAUCCUCUUGCGGAAAUCAAAAGCUCGCAACUUAAUGAAGUUUUGAUGAGUCAGUCCGAGCUAAGAAAUGAUAUGUCGACUGAUCGAACCGAGCAUAACAAAGAGCCUCAACGACCUAACAAGCGAGCGAAAUCUUCUCAGUCCCCAAUGCAACGAGGGAGCAUUGGCGAUGAUUCCGGCGAGUCAGCACCACGGGACCUGAAUCUUUGGACGAUAGCCCAAAUGACUAUUCACCCCACACAAUCUCACACUGAUGGCGCUGUGCUACGAUCGGAACAGCUUGGUGGGCAAGGCGCAUUACUCGGGAUUUCAAUAACACCACAGUCAGAACACAAUGUUUUGCAUCAUCGUGGUGCAUCAUUUAGGAAUUUAUAUGUCCCACCAAGUCAGCGUUACCCAGACAUACGUGGGUCUGGAAACCAGAUGUCGCAAAGCAAACCAGGGGGUGUUUAUCGAAGUCCGGCGUCCAGUCCCAUGGGUCCAUCACGCCAGAUAACUGCCCGAGGCAAUCACAGGCAAUCCCAGGUGUCUUCUCAACGUCGUGCACAGCCGCCGUGGACUCCGCCUUCAUCAAUUGGACGAGACAGAGGGGAGUGGGACAAUUUGUACGACUCGAGGCGAAGAACGGUUCCAGAUGGUUUGAAGCAGACAACGAUUUCAUUCAGCAGACCCAAGAGGAUGCGCAGCAGCUGCCAAGCUCAGGAUCGCUAUGAGGAAGCCCAAGAGCGACCGAGUGGUCAAGUUUCUCAGGGAGGCAACCCUGUCCGGCAUAAUAUCCAGAACAUGUUUUCGUCAGCCAGAGAUAAUCUCGCCCAUCAGCUGCAGAAUUCACAUGCACAAGAGGACGCUGGGACAUAUCCUGUGGCUCACAGCACUAGAAAUUGGCAAUAUAAUAAAACCCAAGCCGACCAUUUUGCUAGUUUGCGUUCUACUCACGUCCAACCCGACGAUCAGACAGCAAAAGACAAAGAACCUAUCAAAACCUCUCUACCCAAAGGCGAUCCUCGGGCUUACCUCUUACGAAGACAAAAAUCCUUGGCCGCCGAAGAGAGCUCGGGAAAGGUGAAAACUUUCAGACGAUUAAAGGGUAAUCUUAUACCGCUUGAAAACACUCCUCCCGGGGAUGAAGUGUAUUCUGUCCUUCUCCCUACCAAUCUAACCAUAGAACAACUUGAAGAAGCAUUCAAACAAAUUGCUAACUUUGACAAGUAUGUGGUUGAGGGUGAUAUUGACGAAGGACUCGACAUGGACCUGGGCGAGGGUCGCAGGAUUGAAUGUCGUUUGAACGAGCUUCUGACCUGCUGGAAUCAGGAGUUGACGGGUGAGAAGGUCGACGUACAAUGUGGCCUAGGUACUCUACUGAAAGGCAAGGGUGCAGGGAUACGAGUUGAAGAGGUACAAAGUAUGACAAGACUGUGUCCCACAAGGCUACUACACUAGGCAAAAUAGCUUGCUGAACUUCGGAUCAAGAUUCCUUCCAAACACAAAGAUUGGCGGUGUGGGAUAGGGUGGAGGAUCUCGGGGUUCUGACUGACGUAAAAGAACAUUUGCCCUUCCUAUUGUCACAGAUUGGGCGCUUGAAGGACUAUAUCCGGGAAAUGGGCUGGGCUAGAUUCUUUGCAUAUUUGCUGAUUCAUUAGGAGGAUUGUAGGAUGUUGUUUGCUAUCGAGAUAC